UCUCAGCAUGCAGAGCUGUAUAUACACAGUGUGUGCUGAACUGAGAGACUGCAUGAAUUGUAAAUCAGCAGCAGCAUCUCAGAGAGAGCUGUUCUCUGAUAUGAUGAAAAUAAAGUCUCUCUGUGAGAUCUGUUUCUAUCAGAAGUCAGAAGAUCUUAUAUUUCUCAAGAUCAUCUUUGCAUGCCUUGUCUGUGAAAUCAAUGAGAAAAAUCAUCAAUUUCAGUAUUCUGUUCUUAAUGUCAUUCAAGUGGCAGCAGAGUUCACUCUGAUCACACUUUUUAAGUAUAAUGUUAAGACAAUAACUCAUCACAGCUGUAUUACUCUCACUGUGAGAGAUACACAGUUGAUAAUGAAUAUUGCAAAGACUCUGAGAA